CUGCAAGCUGUAGGGCGUGGCUGUACUACAAAUACAAAGUAUUGCAGUCAUGUCUGUUGGAUCAAAGAGAACACCUGUGCUCGCGGAAGAAGCAAUUAAAAAAUUAGUGCAUGACUUGAGCACGUCAGAGACGAUAGAGUCUUUAAAAGAAAACUGUCAGGAGCUCACGGCACGCGUGCAAACUGAAGUAUUGUUAAGCAAAGAGAAACUGAACAGGCAAAUAAAGUCACUGAGAUUAGAGAGAGAAAAGGCACUUCAUCAAUUAAGCAUUUCUAAAGAAAGAGUGAAGUCACUGGAGACAGAGCUAGAGCACUUACAAACUGAAUACAAACUUGUUGAUAGGCAGAGAGUGAAAGCAUUGCAAUCACAGCUUCAAGCAGCCAAUAAUGAGAAUGAGUUUUGGCAUAAAAGAGCUCAAGAAUUAGAGGAUUACUGUGAGACUAUGCAACUAGUGAACAGUCUUCACAAGUCAUUAUCAAAAGACGAAGAAAUAAAAAGCGAGUACGAAGAAAGAAUAAUGAAGCUAAAAGGUCACAUUAGGAACCAGGAAGACGAAAUAGCACAACUCUCGACGCACCUGGAAAAGGUUAUGUUAGAAUACGACAGAGUGAGCGAUGAAAGAAAUGCGCUAGCAAAGCAGCUGCACGAAGAGAGAGAGCGAUACAUUGAGCUCCAACUGGAGAAGAAUAAAGUUGCAUAAAAGUGGGAGAGAGAGAGAGAGAUCCAUAUAUUACAUUACAUGUAUAAGUGAAUACAUGAGUUGUGUUUUCCUCUAAAUAAAAAUCAUAAGUGGGCUGGCUUUCCACAAACAAA